AUGCAAAGUAAUACUACCAACUUUGGUAGGUGUAUGAGGGGUUUUGCGGCGGUUGCUACUCUCACCGCCGCUAGUGUUAUGCUCAGUGCACAUCAAACCGCCACUUAUACUGAUUCUUCUGUUCUUGUCACCUUUGGCGACAUACCAUCCUAUUGGUGCUUUAUAUUUGCAAAUUAUCUAAUUUCUGCUUAUGGCACUUUGCUAGUCUUUCUUCCAAGGAAGAGUCAGUUAUGGCAAUUAGUAGUUGCUUUAGAUUCGGUUUUGGUUGUGAUACUGUCCUCAAGUUGCUCAGCAGCAUUGGCAGUUGGUAUCAUAGAAAGGAAUGGCAUCCCUCAUGCACGUUGGGAGUCAAUAUAUCACCAAGUUCCUUCUUAUUGUGCCCGAAUCCUCUCUGCAUGUGGCAUUGGCUUUGUUGGCGUAGUAAUCUACCUCCUGCUCCUUUUGCUAGCUCUUCAAGCUGAAUUCAAUUCCAUUCUUAUUGAUAUCACAUUAUAA